AUGGAAACUGCUGAGUCGGCUGAAGCCCUAAGGAAGAACGGCGUUAAUGAAUUUCCUUCCCUAUCGAACUCGGCGCAAGUACCCGCCUCCAGUCAAGGGGGAAUGUGGUCGGCAGGUGCUGGUAUCGGCGGUGCCCGGGGCGUGACUGGACAGGUACCACGGCAAGGGUCAGCACCUUUACCGCAACAAACGCAACAGGAGGAUAUGUUUCCCGGGGCGUCAGGGCGGUUGCCGGCAAAUCAGAAUGUCUUCCGGUUUGGGAACCAGUCCACCAUCAAUGCCUCUACAUCAUCCCAAGUUCAACCAAGCAGUGUGGAUGAUUUUCCACCUUUAAAUCGAAUCGGCGGCGACCCAAGCCAAGAGAGGGGUGCAUCUCUUAUGUCUGCGUUAGGCUUCGGUUCUCAAAACAACUCCUCGGCAGCUUCAGGGCAGAGCGCUAGGGCCGAGAACGGUCUGUUAAGUGCUCUUUCGGCCAACCGUGGGGGUUCUGAUGGACGGAAUGCAUCGAGUGGAUCAAGGUCUCAAGAUAGCAGAGAGGGCGCAUCUGGAAGCGAUGCACGCCAGAAGGCGGGAUCAUUCAGAGAAGGAAGUUUGGCUGCGAGUGAGGGAUCACCGAAGGCGGCAGAGACGCGGAAUCGUCUUGGAGCUAUCGGUAAUGCUCCUCCCCCCUCGAAAGCCAAGGAAGUCGAAGAGCCUUCCGUUCCUGAAGUCCAAGACCCUCUUGCGGGCAUGGCGCCGGAGGACAAGUGGGGUCUCAAGGGUCUUCGCACACUCAUGAAUAAUUACCCCGAUUAUAACGCUAUGGUACUAGGAGUCGAUCCCAACUCCCUAGGCCUUGACCUGGCAUCGUCUGAACUCAUCUCCACCCAAAUUUACUCGUUAUUUGACGAUCAACCACCGCGGCCGGCGAUUCCUCACUUCAGGCUGCCUGACUGUUAUAGUGUGAAUAAUGUGCAGCCUAUCGAGACUAAGAUCUCUAGUUUCAACGAGGACACUUUAUUCUUCAUUUUCUACGCGAAUGCAGGCGACGUCACGCAACACCUUGCUGCUCAAGAACUUCAUCAACGAAGCUGGAGGUGGCAUAAGAAACUUCAAAUUUGGUUGACGAAAGACGAGCACAUGGUGCCGCAACAAGUAAGCCCGACCGCCGAGAGGGGGUUCUAUAUCAUCUGGGAUCCCGCACGGUUCCAGCGAGAUAGGAGGGAAUUCACUCUCCACUACGGCGACCUGGACACAACACUUGGCGGCGGCGCUCAAUAG